AUGUUCCCACACUCUGUGGUCUUCAACCCACCUUCCCAUAUGGCCACCCCAGGCAAGAACCAACUCAUCGAGGAGGAUUUCACCAAGAAGUGGAAGAAGUUGUUGGAUGAGAUUGACCUUUGUGCGGCAUCUGCACCUGUCGAGCAGAAGCCCAAUGCUGAACUGGAGUACUGGCUUAACAGCUGGAUGUUGUUUUAUGCUAACUUGGAGGAGUUGCUCAAAGAGAGUUGCCGAGUGCAGAUUAAGAUGCCAGAAUUUUCCCCUGGGGACAAUUGGAACAUCUGCCGCUGCAAGGCCCUUCAAUGCCAAUUUGAAGGCAUGAUUUCACAUCAUCAGCAAGAGGAUCAGUCAGCUAGCAGUGACAAUUCCCAACCUGGGCUGUCAAAGACAAGCUCCCACAUGCAAAAGAGCAAGGAGAGAGUUGCCCCUUUGCAAAAAGAAGGGGUCACAUGCACUGAGGCUAGUGUUGGCUCAGCCAAGAACCAUGGUGGUGAAACAGGUAUUCAAGAGGUUGAAAUGGCCAAUGACCCAUGCAUUCAGCCACAGACAGCAGGUAGGAAGGUCAAAAAUAAGCAACAGGUUAUGAAGCUAUCAUCCAACAAACACCUGUGGUCCCCACCACCACCAGAUGCAACACCCCCCAAUCCAGCCUCCAAAUGGCUUAAGAGCACCACAUCUCCAUCCAUUUUACUGACUGUGGUGGUCCAGACCUCUUCACCUCAGCCACCACCACUGUCAGCACUGCCUGCAGCUGAGGAGCACAGCUCCAUGAAGAUUGUCAGGGGGCCCCCCUCAUGUCUAGACAAGCCACCACUGGCUUGCACUUCUUUUCAUCCUGUACCUCUCUCCUCAACUUCUCAAGUGGCCCUGAGCACCACUGCCACCUCUCAUUUAGCUCAUCUUGCUCAAAAUUACAGUGGGAAUUCAGAGAGAUUCAAGUGGAACAGGAUGGAUAUUGAUGUCCACACUGGUCUGAAGGCAGUGCUAGAGGAUCCAGCAGUCCUCCAAGCUGUUACAGACAAGUUGCCAUCUGCUGGAGAUGCUUACUCCCUUUCCUUGUUGUCACCCUGCUGCAGAUUGCCUCAUCCAUCCAAUCAGAUAUUUUCCAAAGCCCCACCUGUUCCCCUCCAUACAUCUAUCCUUACUGUGCAGGCAUGA